AUGUGCGACGCGAAAAAGUUUGGAAAAUCAAAAGCAUCGCAAGCGAUUCCCCAUUACCUAGCCGGCGAAGCUUUUCUUAUUUACAAUUAUUUACCCACCGCGCUUAUACGCGAAGAAAAUCCAGAGGAUAUUUUAAACGCUAUCGGCAAAGCAAUUCCCACAGCGGGGCGCCAAGAGAAAUCCCGGAAGGAGUUUUUCCAGCGAAAGUACCAGACAGGCGAAUCAGUACUAAUGCUGGCAGAAGACUUGCGAAAUCUCAGCAGCUACGCAUUUCCGAGUACAGAACACGGAGAACUCGCGACGCAGAUCCAAGAAAGUCAAGUAAAAGCGCAACUUUUAUCCGCGUUGCCUCAGCCAGUGCGAGAAGCCCUUAGACUUCGCAACGGAAGCGCUCUUCCGCUAGGAGAACUGAUCCACGCCGCAGAAGACGAGGUGGCGCGUUUUGAAGGCUAUAACGACACGUCCGUCAAUGCCGUGCAACCGGAAAGAACACUGCAGCGCACACUUUUGAGUAUUCAACGCCAAUUAGCAAACUUGAAUCCUUUCAUCCGCAAGCGGCGCAGAGAACCGCAUCAGACGCAUCAAGAUCAGCGCAAGUUGUUGCAUAACCGUCUCGAAUGGCGCAGGCCCACCGAACCGGGACCCUCGCAUUGGGAUGCCCAGGAACCACAAUAUGAUGACGAGUAUGACGACGAGGACCACGACGCCGACGAUUAUUCGGAAGAUCCAUACGAAGAUGACUACCAGGAGGACCAAGAAGAUUAUGAAGAGUAUGAUGAAGAAGAGGACGACUAA